CCUGAGAUAACUGGUAAACCUUGCUGCCAUAGCCAAACAUGGCAAGAGCUAGGAAGGAGUUGAUGUGUUGCUGUUUGAGAGCUAUCUCUGAUGGAUGCACAAGCAUAACAAGCCUUAAUCAAUGCUAUCCAAACAUGGCAGGAGGAAGGAAGGAGUUUGAUGUGUUAGUGUGUGAAGCUAUGUCUGGUGGAUGUACAAGUGUAACAAACUUCAGAUCAAUUUACGGAAUUCCUGGGAUUGUUCAAGAAUCUAAUGUGACAACUACUCGUGAAUUGAGAAACCUUGGCAAAUUGGUUAAAAUCCAGCAUCAAUCCUCUAUGCUGCCAACACACCUGUGGAAUAGCAAAAGGAAAAGGAGAUUGGCCAUGGCAAUUGAACUUAACCAGCAAUAGGAGGUAUAUGAAGAAGAUUGAACUUGUGAAAACAUGAAGACUUUUACAAGCUUCACUAUUUGUUUCUUUUGGGAUAUACAGCACAGAAAGUGAAGCAGGAAAGAAGAGGAUUUAGCAAGAUGUAACUUGCAUUUUAUGUUAUAUUGGCCACCAUGUGCCCCAGUUGUUCAUAAUGAUAUGACAAAUGAUAUGUUGAUUUAUUGAAAAAAGUUGAUGUUUAUUGCCCUUUCAUCAUUCUUAGGUAUGCAAGCUUUUUGCCUUUUUACUUUUUGUUGUGGUUAUUUUGGCCUUACAUUUUGGUAGAGUAUAUUUAUUGACUAAAUACAUGCAAUUGUACACU